AUGGAAAAUGAUAUUGUCCCAAACAAUCCCUCCCAAGUAGAUUACGAGAAAGUGGACCAGUCAAUCCAUUUAGAUUAUCCGCAAUUGAGGCGAGCAAUGGCUUAUUUUAAUGAGAUUAUUGAAAGAGAAAUUGCCAGCGGCAUCCCACCAGAAAAAAUUUUUAUUUCUGGUUAUUCCCAAGGCGGCUUAUUAACUUUGGCAACGGCCCUUGCUUCCCAGCAUAAAUUAGGCGGAUUUAUUUCUCUUUGCGGUCUUUUGCCACGACCAGAUAAAUUGCUAAAAAUAGCCCAAGACAAAAAUAAGAAUACUCCGAUGCUUAUUAUUAAUAACUCGCAUGACCGCUGA